AUGGAUCAAGAAAUAACAUCACCAAACACCUCUCAUCAUGAAACUCUUCAUCCUUUGAAAGAGAUCACAUUUGGUGCUAUAUCAGGAAUGGUGGGUAAAGUGGUCGAAUUUCCAUUGGAUACAAUCAAAGUGCGAUUACAGUCGGCUGGUAGCAGUGGCGGUAUUACAACUCUACAGAUGAUUAAAACGACAUAUCACAAUGAAGGGAUAUUCAAUGGGUUUUACAAAGGGUUAAAAGCUCCUAUGAUUGGUGCUUGUUUAGAAAAUGCCAUACUUUUUAGCUCAUAUAAUUUUGGAUCUACAGUGAUAACAAAUUAUUUAAACAAGAAUAACGACAAAAAUCAGUAUACUACUGAAACUUUGCCAUUCCUGGGGAAAAUUCUAGCUGGUGGAUUUGCUGGAUUCAUGGCGUCGUUUGUGUUGACUCCAGUUGAGUUGGUAAAAUGUCAAUUACAAGUAUCAAAUCUAAGUCUGGAUAAAUCACAUCAUACAUACGGCACAAUUAUCAAAUCAACAAUACGAGAUAGAGGUACAAUUGGAUUGUGGAAAGGUUUGAAUUCAACUAUUGUUAGAGAAGUCAUUGGCACAGCAAUUUGGUUUGGUACUUACGAAUAUGUCAAUGAUUAUUACAAAAAGGUCAAGGAACCCUGUGUUAGUAAUAAGGAUGUACAAUUGUUGAUUGCUGGUGCCAUGGCUGGUGUCACGUUCAAUUUUUCAAUGUUCCCAGUAGACACUAUCAAAUCAAACAUCCAAACCCAUGACUUAUUCAACAACAAUAGAAACUCAAACAGCGUGGGGAAACACAUGGGAUUCUGGCAAACAACAAGAUCGAUAAUCGCCAAACCAGGAGGAAUAUUGAAUUUGUAUAAUGGGUUAGGAAUAACUAUGGUUCGUUGUAUACCAGCUAAUGCCCUUAUUUUCUACACUUAUGAACUACUCAAACAAAAUUUUUAA